AUGCCUGACAUCUCAUACGAAGCGCUCGCUGGAGCAGCCCUAGUCAUCGUCCUCGCGGUCGGGUAUCAAUACCUCCCCAAAGCCGACGCGGAAGCCGGUGCCGGGUCCGCUUCAUCCGGCAAGAGCAAGAAGAAGAACAAGAAGAAGGCCAAGGGCGGGAAAGAAGCGGUAGAAGAGGAGAGCGAUAGGUCGGGAUCAGCCUCGGAAGCCGGCAAGAAGGUGGGGGAAACGGUGAAGGGCAAGGCGAAGGAUAAGCCAAAGAAGGGCAAGGCGGACCGUCAUGACGACGGUGCGGCUGCACCUGCCCCGGUCCCUGCGCCAAUUACGCCUGAAGCCGAUGCGCCAUCUUUCGCAGAGGUUGCCAAGGAAGGAACCGACCAGGACGAGCAGACGCAAAAGCCCAAGACGCUGGCUCAGAAGCUGGGGUCUAAGAAUAGGAAGACCAAAGUUGACGAUAUGCUCGCCCCGGAGGACCGCCCCGCCGAGCACGCCCGGGUGAUGAAGGUCGUCAACAAGGACACUCCUGCAGCUAAAGCUUCACCUCCUCCUCCCGCCCCUGCUCCCGUGGAAGCGCCCAAAGCCUCCGAGAAGAUCGCCAAGUACGAGGAGGACUACUUAGAGGGGGACGAUACCACCUCCGGAUCUGGCACGAUUGAGGAUGACGGCUGGGACGUUGUCCCUAGCAAAAAGAAGAAGGCCUUCUCCAUCUCCAACUCCUCUUCUGCUGCGACUAGCACGACCGCCCCGCUCCCUGUCGACACCAAGAUCCAGCGAAAGAAUGCCAAAAAGUCGGAAGAAAAGAAGGCGAUCAAAGAUGCCGAGGAGGCGGACAGGCUGAAGCGGUUGUCGCAGCACAGAAAGACUCUGGAAAAGGAGCGCAUCGCCGAGAUCUACAAGAGCAACAAGAGCGCUUCUGGCAAGACCAAUGGAGGUGCUUUCGCUUCCCUGGACACCAAUGGCAAGCUUGUAUGGGACUAG